AUGUUUAAGUUUUUAGUAUGUUUUUCUUUGUCCGUGGUAGUGAGUGAGGCAAUUCAGUGCCUGCCAAAUGUUUGUGACUCGGUAAGAUGUGCAGCAGUUACCGAAGCCAACUGUGGCGGGAACAUCGUACAAAACGGAGGAUUCUGUGGCUGUUGUGAUUCGUGUGAAGAACUUCUAAUCGAGGGUGCGUACUGUGGCGCCGGGUUCCUGCUGGGCGUUCCCAGUCCAUCCAAGUGUGGCCAGGGCCUUCACUGCGACAGCCGUACCAUGCGUUGUACUUCCGAUGCCCAUGUUGCGACAGCUCGGGAGACUCAAACAGGUCCGUGUGCUACCGCUCACCAACAUUAUCUAACCAACCAGCAGAGCAAUGGUGGAUUUGGACUCCUCGGCGCUGUAGAGCCUCUUUGCGACGAGAAUGGUUUUUAUCAGCCGAAACAGUGUGAGGGAUCCGUGUGUACAUGUGUGUCAAAGACUGGCGAAAACAUCCUCAACUACCGUGAUGAUGUGUGGCGUGCUGGCGACAUGAACUGCCAAUGUGCACGUGACCAGAAAGAGUACAUGGACACAGGUCUGAUUGGUCGCUUUUUCUACUGCACACCCAACGGUAACUACCAGAAACAUUAGUGUCUUGGAUCUGUCUGCCACUGUUUAGACGAGCACGGACAGAUGGUAGGCACCAAGACCGUCAGUAUUGGUAACCUGAACGAACUGUCGUGCUGAUUACCACGGAGUCUGACUAUGGAAUGAAAGAAGUAAUCAUAUAAGUAAUGGAA